AUGUUUUUGAGACUAUAUUCAGCCAGAUCAUUGGUGGGAAGGCGAGUAAAUCGUCUGCAUUGGCCCUCGGUUUCUAGGGUUAAGAGAUAUGUAUCUUCUGAAAUUCAGCAAAAGGACGUACAGGCAGGUGAAUCCACGACUGCAACAGAUACUGGUAUAAUCCACAAGACUGAGGAGGAGACGCUGAUUUACUUCGACAAUGUAUAUCCGAGAGCGACAUCGCUUUGGAGUCCUGCUCAGUGGUACAAUCUGUUGCUUACGAAUCAGUCAAGAGACGCUGUAAGAGAAAAGAUUAAGAACUUUGCGAGUCCGCCAAGCAACCCUGUCUAUGGAUUAGAGUUGAUAUCCUCAAUCCCCGUGAAGAGAGACGGGGGCGUCUUUGCCACAUUUCUGGUACCACCUCAAUACACGAAAGCUCAAGUUAAUGCCAUGAUACAACAGAACACAGCCAAGGAAUCGAGCACACCGGUUCUCUCUUAUUUUACCAAAGCAUCGGCCUUUCCAGUAAAGGGAUACCCGUGGAUUGAAGACUUGAAGAGGUUGCCAAAUAAGACUAUUCUCAUAAAGUUUCAAGGGCCUGCCCUUACCGAAGAAGAAAUAUAUUCGCUAUUCAGAAGAUAUGGCACUAUUUCUGAUAUUUUUCCUGCUAGUGGUAGUGACAACUCCGCCAGAGUCAAAUACAGAUCUUUUAGGGGUGCGAUAUGCGCCAAGAAUUGUGUUUCAGGUAUCGAAAUUCACAAUACGGUGCUACAUAUUCAAUAUGAAAGAAUCGCACAAGGUCACCUGCUCAAUAACUUUUUUGUGAACCAUACGAGAAUAGCCAUUCCAGUUGUAAUCGCUCUCCUGUCUAUCGUUGCCGUUUUAAUUUUUGAUCCUAUCAGAGAGUUUUCUAUAGAGCAGAAGAUUACCCACAGAUAUUCUAUAUCCUGGGAUAACCAUUGGUUAAAACGUAUCAGAAAAUUAGGCUCCUCAACAAUGUCGCAAUUUAGAAAUUAUUGGUAUUCUGAAGAUUCUUCUCAGUCGAAAAAACACCUAUGGGAAGAACGUAUAGAAAAAGUGAACGAUUUGAAAAUGUGGCUAGAGGAGAAUAAUAACACAUUCGUCGUUAUUAGAGGCCCUCGUGGCUCUGGGAAGCAUGAACUCGUUAUGCAACAUACACUUUUGGAGAGAGAAAAUGUCUUAUAUUUGGACUGCGAUAAGUUUAUUAAGUCGCGUACUGACGCCAAAUUUUUGAAAACUGCCGCAAGCCAGUUGGGAUAUUUCCCAAUAUUCCCAUGGUUUAAUUCCAUUACUAAUGUAAUCGACUUGAUGGUACAGGGUUUAACUGGUCAAAAGAGUGGUCUUUCUGAAACAAAAGAAGCACAGUUUAGAAAUAUGCUGACAACUUCUUUGAUGUCAAUAAGACACAUCGCUCUUAAGGGAUAUAAAUCUAGUGUCAAAGUGGGUGAAGAUUUGGUCAACGUGAAGGAAGAAGAUUAUUUGCAACAACACCCAGAAGAGAAGCCAGUUAUUGUCAUCGAUAGAUUCACGGGCAAAUCUGAAAUAAAUGGAUUUGUUUAUAAGGAGUUAUCCGACUGGGCAGCCAUGUUAUUGCAGAUGAACUUGGCCCACGUUAUCUUUUUGACUGAAUCUGUAGCACCUAAUCAGCUGCUUUCCGAAUCUCUGCCAACUCAAGUUUUCAAAACUUUGAUUCUUUCUGAUGCGUCUAAGGAAAAUUCCAAGAAGUACGUUUUAGCUCAAUUAAGAGAUCAAUUGCAUAAAGAUGAAGACAAUGAUAACAGUCAAAGCACUGAAAAAGAGGUCUUGGCGGACAGGACCACCCAGGAGAUAGACGAAGCGUUGGAUCCACUAGGUGGUAGAAUGUUGGAUCUGCAAGCUUUUGUAAGAAGAGUCAAAUCUGGAGAAGAGCCCAAAGAGGCCCUCGAAAAAAUGGUUGAACAAGCUUCGGAACAUAUAACACAGAUCUUCCUGAGUGAUAAGGUGGAUUCCUUAAAGAGCGCCCAGGCAUGGGAACUGAUUGAAAUGUUAAGUAAAAAGCCGAAGAUAUCUUUUGAGGAGAUUGUAUUCAAGCCACUUUUCAAAGCAGCACCCGAAUUGGGUAUUACCGAGCUCGAAAACAAUGGCCUGCUAGGUGUUUCAAGAGACAGAGGUGUCAUCAAAGAGAUUCAACCGGCUAAACCGUUAUUUAGAGCUGCAUUUCAAUAUCUUUUGAAAGAUAAUGAGUUGUCGACAAUUCUCAAAACGCGUUAUCUCUUGAGGGUUGUAAGCUUCGAAACGGGCAGAAUCAAAAAAUGGGAGGAGGAGUUGCGACCACUUGGCAAAGUAGAGGACACAAAAUUGUUCAAAAGUAGGCUGAAUUAUCUUUCGAAAAAGAUAGAGCUAAGCAGUAGCGUCAUUGACGAUUGCGAGGCACAGAUCAAACAGCUCUCGAAGCGAUAA